CUCGCUAAACAUCCAACCGACCGUUGAGCAGCUGGGGGAUCACCCAUCAAACAGGUUUAUCCUGCACGCUUACCAUAAUCCAAGGGUCCGUGGAACCUCAUCCUUGUUAGUUUGCCGGCUUCGAAACAAAGGAGAACGCAUUUCCGUCUUCAGGAAAUGGGCUUUUGCUAGUGUAAGCGGUUUUGCUGGGAGAUUGCCAUUUUGCAACACCCACGGUAAUGGAAGGGGUCACUUGAAUAUACUGGGGGAAGGAUGACACCCGUCGAGGUCGACUUUGCCUUUCUCGCGGCCCAGUCAAGUCACUCCAGCAAAGAUGUUGUCGAACGUAUCGAUCCGGGUCGUCUUGACCUUCUUGUGUCUUCUCAUCCUACAGCACGGCGCUGUUGCGCAGAGGACGACCACCACAACGAAGAAGACGACAACAACGACGACAUCGGCAUCGACAACCGCGUCGGCGACGACAUCGUCCCUGUCAAAUUCAGCGUCCGCCACGAAUUCUCCAACAAUCACCUCAGCCUCCGGCGCGACAACCAGCGCUCCAGAUGUCUACCUGAACGUACCCACCCUUUCUGUCGGACGCAUUGAGCUCAAUGUCGACGACCUCCAAGCAAACGUCAACUUGAAUGCGCAAGUCGCAUCGCUCGUCACCCUGAAUGCCGGUGUCGCGGUAUCGAUUCAGACAGUGAACCUCACAAUUUCGGAUGUCGACGCAAAUCUCGAAUUGAUCGUCCGACUAGGCAACCUAGUGAACAUUGUCAACCGGGUGUUCCAGUCCUUAGAUCUUAAUCCUCUUCUCAUCAACACGCUCAACAAUGUCACCUCAAUUCUGGAGCCCAUUGUGGGUGAGGUCGCUGGACUCUUGGGCUCCAUCACCCAGGGCGGCACCACUCUAUCGUUCUUGGUCGACAAUCUGGGCAACAUCGUCCAAGAGGUAGGCGGUGUGUCCAGCAUCGUGGGCAACUAUCUCCAAAACAUGACCGACACGGGAGUGAGUCAGACAUUAUCUGGUGGGCUUAUCGAAAAGACGUUCUCGUACUCACCAUUGAACGCUUUGGUGGACAUUGUCUUCAACGCCGCUGGUCAGGUAGUCCAAGCAACUGUGGCGACCACAGGUGCAGGAGCAACGGCCACGAGUAGUUCGAGUGCGGCGGCCUCCACAGCAUCGGCAUCCAGUGCAUCAACAACUGCAACUUGAGAUGAUCGAAUGUUGAAUUGGAGAUGGUUCCGGCCGGGAAUGAGUUCCAGGCGGUUGUUUGAUAAGCCAAUGCAUAUUGUUCUAUUCAGUGAUAUUGUGACACAAUUUGUCCCAGUUCAUCCAGUGUGCGUGCAGACCGUGCUCCUGAGCACUCACAAAGCACUGAGAAGACCAAAAACCCGUCGUCGUGAAAAACCUGUUAAUAGGACCAGCAUCAGCAUGCCCACAGAUUCCUGAAUGCUCACCACCUGCUGUUGUCCUUGAGAGUAUUUGUUCCUCAACAAUCCACUCCCAUUGAUCGUAGUCGAGUGAUCGUCUCUGCAACUUUGGAUUCUGAUGGAGUUGGUACGGGUACGCCCGGGUGUUCUGGAUCUGCUUA